ACAUGGCGUAAGCGAUGGUUUGUGCUGAAGAAUGGUGCUUUGAUAUAUUGGAAAUCGCAGCACGAUGUAAACAGAAAACCUCAAGGACAAAUAAUUUUGGAUGACAGUUGUAGAAUAACAAGACAAGAUGGAGCAAGUACAUUUGAAAUUAAUACAGGGAAAAAAAUAUAUUAUUUAACUGCAGAUUCUAUUUCUACGAUGGAAGAGUGGGUUAGAAUAUUACAGAAUGUACAAAGAAGAAAUGCGGCCAGACUUCUGCUUAGCAAGGAGGAUCAGAAACCAACAGUUCAAGGAUGGUUGACGAAAGUUAAAAAUGGUCAUGCCAAGAAAUGCUGGUGUUCAUUAAUGGGCAAAAUGUUUUUAUAUUUUAAGACGCCUAAUGAUACUAAUCCUAUGGGGCAAAUAAACAUGCGCGACGCGCGAGUUGAAGAAGUUGAGCAUAUUUCUGACUCCGAUUCUGAAGAAAGAGAAGAACAUGGUGGCACUUCACAAGCCAGGCUGACAGUGUCUAUAUACCCUGAGCAUCAGGGUCCGACGUAUUUAAUUCUACCGAAUAAACAAGAACGGGAUAAUUGGUUAUAUCAUCUCACCAUUGUUAGUGGCGCUGGGUCUAAUUCUGGAACUUUGUAUGAGCAACUAGUUCAGAAACUUAUGGAAACUGAUGGGAAAUCCUGGUAAAAUAUUUUUUCAUCAUGUGAAAUUUGGCGGCAUCCUCACCUCUUACAUACGAAAGACAAUAUUCAUUCGCCUUUGACAACCUUGCAUUCAGAGGGACUGCAGGCAGAAGCAAUUAAGCUAUUUAAGUGUUGCCAGCUAUUUUCAUCGGCUGCUAUGGAACAAGCAGGAAUUGAUUAUCAUGUGGUGCUUGCACAAAAUGCUUUGCAGCAGUGUCUUGACGCGCCCGAACUGCAAGCGGAGCUGAUAUGCGCUCUGGUUAAGCAGACGUCCAGACAUUUGUCGCACAACGCCACACAUUCGACUGGUUCUUCAGCUACCGCGUCACUUACUAAACCUGCCAGGCAACUGCUCUUGUGCGCCACGCAAACGCUGUUUACAUGUGAUACGCAUGGUGUGCAGAAUGCGCACGCUAGCGUCGAUAAUGGUUCGCCUACUAACUCCAUACAGACACCAGCAAUUCCAUCAACACCGGCAUGUUGUAAAAGCAAUCCUCCGACUUACAGCUUCAUCCAGUGUUGGCAACUUCUAGCUUUGGCCGUAAGCUUAUUUACACCUCGAAAUAGCCGUUUGUUAUGGUAUCUUAAGUUACAUUUAUCACGCAACUCUUGCGAGACAAAAACAGAAUGUGGCAAAUACGCGGCCUAUUGUGAAAGGGCUUUGGAGAGAACUAUACAAAAUGGUGGAAGGGAGUUAAAACCGUCACGAAUGGAAGUCUUGAGUAUACUUUUGAAGAAUCCUUACCACCACUCUUUACCUCACUCUAUACCAGUUCAUAUGGCCAAUGGUGCUUAUCAAGUCGUCGGUUUUGAUGGUUCUACAACUAUCGAAGAAUUUUUAAGGACGUUGAGCCAGGAGAUAGCUUGCAGAGAUAGCUCAGCUAAUGGUUUUACAUUAUUUAGUGACGAUCCAAUUGAAAAGGAUUUGGAAAACUUUAUUGAACCAGCAUCCAAGCUAUGCGAUGUAAUAUCAAGAUGGGAAACAGCGCUUCGAGAAAAAGGCUCUGGUAAAUUUGAAAAUUCUCGAGUAAUCCAAUUAACCUACAAGAACCGUCUUUACUGGAAACAUUCAGCCCGCAUGGAAACAGAUAAGGAACGUUUGUUAUGGUGCUACCAGGUUAAUCAGCAAA